AUGCGCGCGCGACUCGUACAAUCUCGCGAACAAAGACACCGCGGAACAAAAGAAACGGGCAGCGGAACAAAAGGAACUGGCAGCGGAACAAAAGAAAUGUGCAAGGCACAACCACAAUGGGCGAGUACCUGGUGGAAAUACGAGAGAUUUAAAAAUGUCAAGCGAACCCGCCGAUGUGACUACAGUGUUAUAGUUACAAAAGGAAAAAGACAACUCUGCAAAAAGUCGAUACUGCCCAAAAUAAUCAAAUGCUAUCAUACGGAAAUGCGAUAA